ACGAACCGCCCCGCCCCGCCUGAGCCCCGACCCCGACCGACGCCUAGGCCGUACCAAAGGGGAGGGAGCAGAGCACGCGCGCGAGCUAGAGCGUCGAGGCGGCGGCGGCGGCGAAAGGAGGGAGGCAGGAUGUCGUCGGUGUACGUGCUUGAGCCCCCGACGAAGGGGAAGGUGGUGGUGCAGACGACGGCUGGUCCGCUCGACAUCGAGCUGUGGCCCAAGGAGGCCCCCAAGGCGGCGCGCAACUUCGUGCAGCUCUGCCUCGAGGGCUACUACGACGGCACCAUCUUCCACCGCGUCAUCAAGGACUUCCUCGUUCAGGGCGGCGACCCCACCGGCUCCGGCACUGGGGGUGAGAGCAUCUAUGGGGCGCCAUUUGCUGAUGAGUUCCACUCGCGGCUGAGGUUUAACCACAGAGGUUUAGUGGCUUGUGCCAAUGCUGGCACACCUCAUUCUAACGGAAGCCAGUUCUUUAUCACCCUUGACCGCUGUGAUUGGCUUGAUAAGAAGAACACCAUCUUUGGGAAGGUUACUGGUGAUUCUAUUUUCAACCUUCUUUCCUUGGCUGACGUGGAGACUGAUAAGGAUGAUCGACCUGUGUACCCGCAGAAAAUUCUUUCAGUCGAGGUUCUCUGGGACCCAUUUGAGGAUAUUGUUCCGAGGCAACUUAAGAAGGCUGAGUCUGUUGCCAAGGCUGAUACUGAGGUGAAACCUAAGAAGAAGGCAGUUAAGCAACUUAACGUCCUCUCUUUUGGUGAUGAAGUAGAAGAGGAGGAGAAUGAGGCAGCUGCCUCUGUUCAGGCCAAAAUAAAAAGUAUUCAUGAUGUGUUGGAUGAUCCUCGCUUUCUUAAAGGGGAACCAGAGGAUGUACAGUUGUCCAAGGAGCAAGAGGAGCAGAAAAAGGAUACUGUUCAAUCUGUCAGGGAUGCUUUGAUCUCAAAGAAAGUUGAAUCAAGAGAGCAACAUCAUGAUCCAGUGUCUGAUGAUUAUCCUGAAGACGAGAAUGAAGAGGAUUUUGACAACAGGAUGCGCUCACAAAUCCUUAAAAAACGUAGAGAGCUUGGUGAUGUCCCUCGUGAACCCUCCAGAGCAGAUAAACCACACCAUAAGGAUAAGGAACUAUCAGACCACAGGUCCAAUAUCCAACAUAGGAGGGACAAUGAUGAGGACGAUGAUCAGGAGCAUGAGCUACAAAAGGCUAAAAAACUAUCCUUGAAGAAAAAAGGUGCUGGCUCAGAAGCGAGUGCGGAGAGGAUGUCCAAAGCAGAUGCUAAUUUGCAGCUACUAAAUCCGGCUGAACAAGGGAGACAUUUGCAAAAACAGAAAAAACGUCGACUCCAAGGCCGCGAAGAUGAGACUCUAGCGAAGUUACAGAAGUUCAAGUCUUCUUUCCUCAGUAAGAAUCUUGCUACCAAUCAUGUCAAAGAAAAGAACCCUUCUACUGACAAGGUGGAAAAGGAAGAUGAAGAGGAUGAUGACUACAAAGGGUGGCACACAAACCGACUGUCUUUCUUACCCAGUUCUUCCAAGGAUGGAAUGGCAAGGAAAGACGAUCCAGAUGACUAUGUAGUGGUAGACCCACUUCUGGAGAAAGGAAAAGAAAAAUUCAACAAGAUGCAAGCAAAGCUUAAACGGAGAGAGCGCGAAUGGGCAGGCAGAUCUCUCACCUGAUUGGAAAGCUUAACUCGAAUUGUGUCAAUGCUCCUUACCUACCCUGGACGGUACUGAACCACCUCUUGCAUUUCCAGUUGCUCUCGCUAACAUAAUAUUAUCUGUCUCGUAUUUUCCCUUGAACGUUGGAAAAUGGCAGUGCAUAUUAACACUUUGGAAGACAUUGGAAAUGAUUCAGUUUUGGCUUGGUCUUGGGACUGCAAACUGCGGGCAUCACAUGCAGAUCACGGCAGCUGAUGGUAGAGUGACACCGUCUGUACACUAGUGUUUUCCUUUUUGGCAUUUGUCAUGAUUGCUUAAACUGUAAAUGCAAUUGUACAAUAGAUCGGUUAUUGGAAGCAGCUCUCUGUAUCACUAUCUAUGUAAUGUCUGUUUCUCUGAGGAGCUGAAGCUGACACACUAGCCUUUGUAUCAAUUUUCUUAUUUUUAUAAAGAGAAGCCGAAUAGGCAGUCAUUCGCCUCCC